AUGUCGGAAAGUUAUGAUAUUGACAUAAAUACUGGUGACGAUGAAGAUGAUACUAUGAUUGUAGACGAAGACACGAGACCUUUAGCAGUUAAGCGUAAAGGUCGUGGUUUUAGAAGUGAUUCAAAAGAAUCCAGGGAUGGAGUUAGAUCAGGCGAAAAAUAUGAUCAAUUUGAAUCUAUUACCGAAGAGGAUGCAGCCGCAGGACGCGCCCAAAGAUGUAAAUAUUCAUUUGUAUAUACCAAAUUAGAAUUAUUGGCUGUUGAAGGAUGGAUAGUUUUGGUAGUGGGACUUCAUGAAGAAUCUACGGAGGAUGAAAUAACUGAUAAAUUUGCAGAUUUUGGUGAAAUAAAGAAUUUACACUUGAAUUUGGAUCGAAGAACAGGUUUCGUUAAGGUCGAAGCUAAAAAUGCCAUUGAAAACGUAAAUGGUACAAAACUCCUUGGUUCAACAUUACAUUGUGAUUUUGCUUUCAUAAGAGCACCUGCAGCGCCUUCGGUAACAGAUCGAGAACGUGCACCUAGAAAUAGGUUGGGUAGACGACGUGGAAGAUCAUUAAGUCCAGCGAGGAGAUAUUAA